AAUAUUUUUCUUCAAUCAUUUUCUUUCACCUUCCCUCACCGUGUCUUCUCUCAUCAGAUCUAGUUCCCACUUCCCUCACCUAUUAUCCUCCGCUGCGCGUCACCUUCCACGCGCCGCCUUCUGUUGCACUCCACGCCGUGUAUAAUCAAGAGUAUAUUCAAUUUUUUGUUGCAACUUGGAACUAACAAUGGCAUCUGAAGAAGUUCUGAAGGCUGUUUUCCCUUUCCUGGAGGGUGUUGAUCUUGCUUCUUGUAUGGGUGUUUGUAAGCAGUGGAAAGACAUAGCUAAAGAUGAUUUCUUUUGGAAAUGUUUGUGUGGCAAGAGAUGGCCUUCAAUCUGCAAGAAACCUAACCCUCCAACUUUAACCUACUACAAGUUAUACAAAACCUUUUAUAAACGGCUGCAUCGUAGAACUCUUCUCCCUCCAAGAAUUUCUUUUGAUGAUUUGGAGUUUUUCAUUGACAUUUGGGCUGAAAACACAUUACUCUUCUCAGAAGUAGUGCCUGGCUCUGUCCUUCAAGUAGGUUUUAAAAUUCCAGCAUCUGGAGUUUGUGACAUGCUCAAGUUUCAACUGGAAGGUUCUGAAUACAAGAUGACUUUUCCUGUGGAACCUAGGUUUACUAUCCCAUCAGGACAAAAUCAGAAUGUUAGUGUCUCUGUCAUGGUUGGGAGGAAGGAUUCAAGUAAGGUUGCUCGCAUUAUAAAUAAGUCCAUGUUUGAUUACAUUGAUCGCUCAUCAUAUAGGGCCCUGGCUUUUGAUUAUCUAGACAUAUCCCCUAGCUACCCUUUUCUGUCUGGCAUCCGUGCCUGGAUCUCUUUGCUAUUCAUGGAAGAUAGAAAUGAAGAUCUCAUGGAUGUAUUUGGGAUCCAAAUGGAUUUCUGUGAUGUGGCAAAUUCCAAGGAAGAAGUCUUGUGGCUGUUGGACAUGCUUGACUGGAAGUAAAUGUUCGGUGUGAUUUCCCCCCAUCAUCAUUAUAGCAAAAGUAAUUGGACAUUGUGAUUUUAUGUUAACUAGUCUGUUCAUAUGGGUGCAUUGCAAAGUUUACUAUCUUAUUGUCAAGCAUCAGCGAUUGGCGCAAUUUGUUGGUGUUAAUAUCUUGUGUGUUUGGAGUAUGUAAAUACUCUCUAAUUCAAAUAAAUGGCUUACUUUUUAGCUUGUA